AUGCCGGGGGAAGAGAGCCUGUUCCGGUCGGCGACCAUGUCGCUGAUCCAGCUCUACAUCCCCUCCGAGACCGCCCACGCCACGGUUCAGGAACUCGGAGAAUUGGGCAACGUCAUGUUCAAGGAUCUCAACCCGGACGUAUCCCCCUUCCAGCGCUCGUUCGUCACCGACAUCAGGAGGCUCGACGAGAUGGAGAGACGCAUUCGAUUCCUCUACGCUCAGAUGGAAAAGGAGGGCGUCCCUGUCCGUCCCCUCGAGAGCGCCCUUCCUUUCAUCAGCUUCGGAGCUGGCGGAGAUGGUCGUCGAGGCCCUCAGCUCAUGGACGAGCUCUCUGUCAAGCUGCGUGAGCACGAGGAGCGUCUCGGUCAGAUGAACGGCUCGUACGAGACCCUUCAGAAGCGACUGCAGGAGCUCGAGGAGGCAAAGCACGUCCUUCGCGAAACCGCCGUCUUCUUCGACCAGGCCGAGGGCCGCAACGACAACGUCCGUGCCUCCGUCGAUGACGCCAAUGCACCCCUCCUCGACGACGUAGAGUCGCAUGCAUUCAACACCUCCCGCGGCGAAGAGUCCAACUACGGCACCUUCGAUCUCGAAUUCGUCGCCGGAACCAUCGAUCGCUCAAAGAUGGCCAUCUUCGAGCGCAUCCUCUGGCGCGUGCUUCGCGGCAACCUCUACAUGAACUACGCCGAGAUCGAAGAACCCUUCGACGAUCCCACAAAGGAGGAACCCGUCCGCAAGAACGUCUUCAUCAUCUUUGCACACGGUGCCGAACUCCUCGCCAAGAUUCGCAAGAUCAGCGAGAGCAUGGGGGGCACCCUCUACCCCAUCGACAGCAACGCCGACCGUCGCGAAGAGAGCCUCCGCGAGGUGCUCAGCCGCAUCGAGGACCUCAACAAUGUGCUCUACUCCACCAGCGCCACCCGUCGCACCGAGCUCGUCAAGAUCGCCGAGGUGCUCAGCGCCUGGGAGGACGUCGUGCGCAAGGAGAAGCUCAUCUACUCCACGCUCAACAUGUUCCUCUUCGACAACCGUCGCAAGACGCUCGUUGCCGAAGGCUGGUGCCCCUCGAGCGAUCUCGGCCAGAUCCAGCUCGCCCUUCGUCGCGCCACCGAGAACGCAGGCGCCAGCGCCCCGGCCGUGCUUCAGGAACUGCGCACCAACAAGUCGCCUCCCACCUUUCAGCGCUCCAACAAGUACACCGAAGCCAUCCAGUCCGUCGGCGACAGCUACGGCAUCGCAAAGUACAAGGAGGUCAACCCGGGUCUCUUCAACUUCAUCCUGCUUCCUUUCCUCUUUGCCGUCAUGUUCGGCGACGUCUUCCACGCCUUCCUCAUGACGCUCGCUGCUCUCACCAUGUGCGCCUUUGAGCGCAAGCUCGCCAAGGUCGAAAACGAGAUCUUCACCAUGUUCUUCUACGGUCGCUACAUGAUGCUUCUCAUGGGUGUCUUCUCCAUGUUCACCGGCUUCCUCUACAACGACAUUGGAAGCAAGAGCAUGCACCUCUUCCACACCGGCUGGGACUGGCCCCACAAGAACGGCACCAUCGAAGCCGUCGCCAAUGGCAACACCUACGCCAUCGGCAUCGACCCCACCUGGCACGGCGCCGACAAUGCGCUUGUCUUCACCAACUCGCUCAAGAUGAAGAUGUCCGUCAUCCUCGGCGUCUUCCACAUGACGCUCGCCAUCCUUCUCAACGUGCCCAACUUCAUCCGCUUCGGUCAAAAGUGGAAGAUCUGGUCCGAGAUCGUGCCCCAGAUGCUCUUCAUGCAGUCGCUCUUUGGCUACCUCGUCUUCGCCAUCGUCUACAAGUGGUCCAUCGACUGGUACGAGACCGACGCAAACGGCACCGUCUUCCGCAACAACCCGCCUGGCCUGCUCAACAUGCUCAUCUACAUGUUCCUCAAGCCCGGCGACGUUGAUCCCAAGACCGAGCUCUUCGCUGGUCAGGCGUUUGUCCAGACCGUCCUCUUGCUCAUUGCCUUCAUCUGCGUACCCUGGAUGCUCUGCGUCACGCCCUACAUCGAGUGGAAGGAGCAUCAGGCCACCAAAGGCCAGGGCUACCGCUCCAUCAGCCACCAGGGCGAUGGCUCGCGCGGCCUCGGCCUCGAUGGCGAUGGCGACGAUGACGACGAAGACGCCGACGAGAACAGCCGCCUCACCCAGGCCCAGGGCAACGGCCAUGGCAGCGGCGGCCACGGCGACGGAGAAAUGGAGGAGGAGCACGAGUUCAACAUCGGCGAGGUGGUCAUUCAUCAGGUGAUCCACACCAUCGAGUUCUGCCUCGGCUGUAUCUCCAACACUGCCUCCUAUCUCCGUCUGUGGGCCCUUUCGCUUGCACACGCCCAGCUGUCCGAGGUGCUGUGGACCAUGACCAUCCAGAACGUGUUUGGCAUGACGGGCAUCACGGGUGCCAUCGCCACCGUGCUCGCCUUUGGCCUCUGGUUCUGCCUCUCGAUCGCCAUCCUGUGCUGCAUGGAGGGCCUCAGCUCGCUCCUCCACGCCAUUCGUCUCGCCUGGGUCGAAUUCGGAAGCAAGUUCUACCAGGCCGGAGGCUACCAGUUCGAGCCACUCAAGUUCUAG